AUGGGGUGGGUCGGAGAGCAGAUCGAUUCAAUCAAAUCUCUACAGUUCAGACAAGUCCUCACGCAAGCGAUUAGCCUCGGAAUGAUUGUAACAUCUGCACUUAUUAUAUGGAAAGGGUUAAUGUGCGUCACUGGUAGUGAAUCACCAGUUGUUGUUGUGCUCUCUGGAAGCAUGGAACCUGGCUUUAAAAGGGGUGACAUCUUGUUCUUACACAUGAGCAAGGACCCUAUUCGGGCAGGGGAGAUUGUGGUGUUUAAUGUUGAUGGGCGUGAAAUUCCUAUUGUCCACCGAGUCAUUAAGGUUCACGAGCGCCAAGACACAGGAGAAGUUGAUAUCCUGACAAAAGGAGAUAAUAAUUUUGGGGACGACAGGCUUCUGUAUGCUCACGGUCAGCUCUGGCUGCAAAGGCAUCAUAUCAUGGGAAGAGCUGUUGGAUUUCUGCCCUAUGUAGGUUGGGUGACGAUAAUAAUGACCGAAAAGCCUAUCAUCAAGUAUAUACUCAUUGGAGCUUUGGGAUUGCUAGUGAUUACUUCGAAAGAAUGA